AUGGCCCCCUGCAAAAAGGUUUUGGGAGCCCUGCUCGUUGUGACGGCCUUCAUGGCGGUCCAGUCUUUCACGCCUCAAUGCACGGAAAGCAAUGCCUUCGGGCCCUACUGGAACGGUCAGGGCUGCGGUGUCGGGUCGAACCAGAUCUUCAACCAGACGUUGCUAGACGGCACCAAUCACACGGCGUGCUGCGAGGCAUGCGCCAAUGCUGAGUGCUGCCUAUUCUGGGUGUACCAGCCCGACAGCCUUGAGUGUCAGGGCUACUCCAACUGCAACCGCACCGACGGUCAGAGCACCGUUCGGGAGUGGCUGGGAGACUGGAAGGUGCUCCCACAGUCAUGUCCGGGCUACUCGCCGCAUCCUAACGCGGAAAUCGGUUACCCGGGCCUUCACAAUGAUAACGACGCACCUUGGCCAGUGGGGAACAAUCCUUACGUCCCUGGGAACUAG